AUGAUGCGUUGGUAUGCUCUUUCAAAAACAUUAGCUGAAGAUGCUGCUUGGAAAUUUGCAGAAGAAAAUGGAAUCAGCUUGGUCACAAUGCAUCCAGGAUGGACGAUUGGUAUUAUUGAUAAGUUUGUUGAUGUUAGAGAUGUUUCCAAUGCACAUAUUCAAGCAUUUGAAAAAGCUUCAGCUAGUGGCAGAUACUGUUUGGUUGGAAAACUUGGACACAUCUCUGAGAUAGUGAAGAUUCCUUUUAUGCCAGAAUAUGAAGUUUCCAAGGAGAAAGCUAAUGCUUUGGGCAUGGACUUUACUCCUUUAGAGACUACUGUGAAGGACAUCAUUGAAAGCUUGAAGGAGAAAUGCUACCUUCUUGUCUGA